AAUUAGUGAAAUUAAUGAUAAAGAAAUAACCAACAAAACAAGCCACUAGGAUGCAAACCCAAGCUAAUGAUUAAUAAGAAGUUAUAGCAGUAAAUUAAUUUUGUAAUGAUUAAAGCAAAGUCAACAAGCAGCUAAAUACACUUUAAAUUAAAUUGUCGGUAAUGGAACAUUUGGAAUGGUUUAUUUGGUAUGUGUCAUUACUAUAGCAUAGGCAACGAACAGUUAGACCAACGAAAAGGUGGCGAUUAAAAAGGUGUUUCAAGACAAAAGAUAUAAGAAUAGGGAGCACUUGAUAAUUUAGGAGUUGAAUCAUCCCUGUGUUAUAAAAUUGAAGGAAGCUUUUUUCACUUAAGGAGACAAGGUAAAACAGUAUAUCUAUAGGAAAGGGCGAUGACGUGUAUUUGAAUUUGGUAAUGGAUUACAUUCCUGAUACGCUGAGCAAGGUUAUUAGAUAUUACAAAAAAGCAAAACAACCAUUUCCUGCUGUUCUAUUAAAAAUUUAUAGUUACUAGAUGUUUCGAGCAUUAGCCUAUUUAGAAGGUGAGCACUAUGAAUAUCAAUUAGGGAUUGGCAUUUGCCAUCGAGAUAUAAAACCAUAGAAUAUUCUUGUAGAUCCGAAUUCGCAUGUUUUGAAAAUAUGCGAUUUCGGAUCAGCCAAAAGACUGCAGAAGGGUGAGCCAAAUGUGGCUUACAUCUGUUCACGUUAUUACAGAGCCCCCGAAUUGAUAUUUGGAGCCACAGAAUACAGCACAGCGAUAGACACUUGGUCGAUUGGUUGCGUGAUAGCUGAGAUGCUGAUUGGAGAACCGUUGUUUCCUGGGGAAAGUGCCACUGAUUAACUGGUCGAGAUUAUCAAAAUAUUGGGCACUCCCACUGUUGAGCAGGUGAAGCAGAUGAACCCUAUGCACAAGGAAUUCAAAUUCCCUCAGAUCAAGAAUCAUCCUUGGAAUAAAGUAUGAGUCUCAUUGAAUCAAUCUAGGUAUUCUAGAAGUUCAAGCCUGAUCCGUUGUUUGUCGAUUUGAUAUCGAAAAUAAUGUUGUAUCCUCCCAGAGAGAGGUUGAGACCAUUGGAGGCGUUGUCUCAUCCAUUUUUCAAUGAAAUAAGAGAAGAAAAGUUUGGAAUCCCUAAUGUAAAGUUACCAAACUUUUUUGAUUUCACCAAAGGUAUGAUAUAAUAUUGAAAUUCGUAGAGGAAUUGGGAAUACAGCCUGAAAUAGCAUUUAAAUUAACUCCAUAGUGGUAUUAGUAAAAGAGGAUAUGAACUU